CUCGCCACACCUCCCCGGCCUGUCCAGCUUCUCUUCUUCCUCUCGACCCCUGCUUCUCCCCUUCUCAUCCCCCUUUCACUUCUUCGGCUUCCUCUUCCUAUCAAGUUGCCUUUGGCUUCUUCGGCCUCUUCUUGGCCAAGUUAUCAUCCAUCGACUUAGGCAGUCUGGAUCUUGAAGAAAAGGAGUAGCUAGCUAGGUUCCUUUUGCUUCCCCCGAGCUGGGAGAGGGAAAACAGGGCGGGGAAGAGAGAGCCAGGAACCUGAGGUUGACCGGGCUAAAGUAGUCUGGAGCUCCUGGCCGGGCCUUUUUCUUUUGGCGACGACAUGGCGAAGCUCCACUUCUUCCUCCUGUUGCUGCUGGCCGCCGCCCAAGCUACUCACGGCGAGGAUGGGGCGUACAUCGGCGUCAACAUCGGCACGGCCAUGUCAUCGGUGCCGGCUGCCACGCAGAUCACGACGCUGCUCCGCUCGCAGAACAUCCGGCACAUCCGCCUCUACGACGCCGACCCGGGGAUGCUGUCGGCGCUCGCCAACACCGGCAUCCGCGUCAUCAUCUCCGUCCCCAACGAGCAGCUCCUCGCCAUCGGCAACUCCAACGCCACGGCGGCCAAGUGGGUGGCGCGCAACGUGGCCGCCCACUACCCCUCCGUGAACAUCACGGCCAUCGCGGUCGGCUCCGAGGUGCUCUCCACGCUCCCCAACGCCGCCCCGCUCAUCAUGCCCGCCAUGCGCUACCUCCAGAACGCGCUCGUGGCCGCGGCGCUCGACAAGUACAUCAAGAUCUCCACACCACACUCGUCCUCCAUCAUCCUCGACUCCUUCCCGCCGUCGCAGGCCUUCUUCAACCGCUCGCUCGACCCCGUGCUCGUGCCGAUGCUCAAGUUCCUGCAGUCCACCGGCGCCCCGCUCAUGCUCAACGUCUACCCGUACUACGACUACAUGCGCUCCAACGGCGUCAUCCCGCUGGACUACGCGCUGUUCCGGCCGCUGCCGCCCAACAAGGAGGCCGUGGACGCCAACACCCUGCUGCACUACACCAACGUCUUCGAUGCCGUCGUGGACGCCGCCUACUUCGCCAUGGCGUACCUCAACGUCACCAACGUGCCGGUCAUGGUGACGGAGACCGGGUGGCCGCACAAGGGCGACGCGUCCGCCGAGCCGGACGCCAACAACGACAACGCCGACACGUACAACAGCAACCUCAUCCGGCACGUGAUGAACGUCACCGGCACGCCCAAGCACCCCGGGGUGGCCGUGCCGACGUUCAUCUACGAGCUGUACGACGAGGACACCCGCCCCGGCACCGCGUCGGAGAAGUACUGGGGCCUGUUCGACAUGAACGGCAUCCCGGCGUACGCGCUGCACCUGACGGGCUCCGGCGUGCUGCUGGCCAACGACACGACGAACCAGACCUACUGCGUGGCGCGGGAGGGCGCGGACGAGAAGAUGCUGCAGGCCGCGCUCGACUGGGCGUGCGGCCCGGGGAAGGUGGACUGCUCCGUGCUGACGCAGGGGAAGCCGUGCUAUGACCCGGACACCGUGGAGGAUCACGCCACGUACGCGUUCAAUGCCUACUACCAUGGGAUGGGGAUGGGCUCAGGGACGUGCUACUUCUCCGGCGUCGCCGUGAUCACGACGACCGAUCCGAGCCAUGGAUCUUGUGUCUAUAGUGGGAAGAACGGCAGCGCGUUGCUGAAUGGAACCUCGCUGGCGCCGUCGUCGAACUCCACCACGGACUCCGGCUCCUGGCGGGCAGCCGGCGAUGUGACGUCGUUCGUCCGGAUCGUCGUCACCGCGCUGCUCUUGAGCGUCGUCGCUCUGUUGUAGGAUGUGAGUAGUAGGAAGUCAGGCAGGCAGCAGAGUAGGGAAGCCGUGCUAUUAGUGACGUGAGAUAUUCUUUUUUGUUGUCAAGUGGAAUUGGCCUCGGUGCUGCUGGGUGGCAAGUGCCAUUCCAAAUGGAACGGGAUGUGGUUAUGUUGGCUCUUAAGAUAUGAGCUCGUACUCUGGUACUGGUUGGGAAUUUGGGAUUGUAUUGGAUGUUGGAUCA